AGCCCUCAUCCUUAUAUAUCUCCCAUGACGCCAAUGGGACCCUGGCAAUUCUUGGGCCUCCAUUAUUGAUCGACUUGAACCUGUACUCGAACCUCUUCUCUCUCGGUGUUCAACGAACCAUCGCCAACAAUACUUCGAACUUCUCUUAGGGAACAGUUCGUGUUCCCAUUGUGUGCCGAUAUGGAUCCCCUGAACACCACGCUUCCAUCGUCAUCUUCUAGAAAUACAUCUCCAGCCAUAUCAACCUCGAGUUCUCCAGUAAAUAUGACAAAGUCCGCAGACAAAUCCAAGGCUGGCAAACGUAAAGGGACUAGGAGUGUGUCUACGCUGACACCCUCGCAACUUGCUCGGAAACGUGCCAAUGACCGAGAGGCUCAAAGGGCUAUUCGUGCGCGCACCAAGGAACACAUAGAAAACCUUGAGAGAGAAAUAGAUGAGCUCCGGGGCCAGCAGAGUCGAGACCAGACGGUCCGGGACUUGUUGGGUAGGAAUAAGGCGCUCGAAGAGGAAGUGAGGCGACUACGGGAAAGUCUGGGUGUCCGCGCGGGCCAUCAUGUGCCAUAUCCGAGUUCAUACGGUGGAUCAAGUUCUCAGCCGUCCUCAUACGGUCAAUCUACGCCGGAAUAUCCUAUUGUCUCGGACAUGCCUCCUUAUAGCAACGUCCCUGACCCUACCAAUAUUUGGCCUGCUUCCGUCCCAUGCUCUUUACCAUCAACGGUUUCUAGCCCUUCUUCCCCAGCUGCACCAGAAGAUUAUGGCAGCAACUACUUUACUCCCAAUACCUCAUCUGUUAUUAUUGAGAGAUCAAGCAUGCCACCGGCGGCUGUUCACUCGCCAGCUACGUCAUGCAUUACCAGUGGUGAUGUAGGUUUCGACGACGUCAAGUCAGUUCCUUCUAGAGUUUGGAUGUCCGCCGCAGAUCGGCAUCGUCCCAAUCUCCCCAACGUACCAUCAGGCGCCAUGGAACGUGUACCCGGUGUACUACUAGGCGUUCCAGGCAACACUUUACCCCAACAGGCGGGUCAUUCAUAUUGGGAGAUUCCGGUCCUCACUUCAGCUGUUUGCUGCCAAGACGAUGCGCUAAUCUGCGGCUAUGUUGCUGACUGUCGACGUUCGACGGAUCACAUUGGAGGCUUAUCGCAGCGUGAAAUUCUCUUGAGCCCACGUCGCCCGAACGUGAGGCCUAUUCUGAAUAUUCAUGGGCAUUUACUAGGUGCUCUUGGUGUUCAGAGUCCGCAGGUCCAUUCGACUCCCGAUUAUCCAUUCGUUGGUAUUGUAACAACACUAUUCGAUACAAAUCAUGUCGAGCUACCGCUGGAACGUAUCGGUGGCAUUUUAUUAUUCAAAGCUCUUAUUGCUUGGCUAGUCCAGCCGACGAGAGACACGUACAUUGGGCUGAGGGAUAUAUUUCCCCCUCAGUCUAAACAACAACAAAUACCCCAUCCCCAGUGGAUGGAUUUCGUUCUGUGGCCCCAUCUUCGCAGCGCGAUUAUCGAGAGGCAAAAUGUAUAUAACACACCAGAGUUUCGUCAUGUUUACUUUACGAAUUUGCGGGUCAAAGGUUGGCCGGUUGCUAUUACGGAGGCGUUAACGGUCGACUUUUCCAAUGGUUCUAUUUACGCCACCGACGAGUUUUCGGAACAUAUAUGGGAUUUACGAAAUUGGGGUAUGCAUGAAAACUUUAUACGGCGUUAUCCAGAACUAGGGGCAUUUUGGGGGCACGGGUGGUCGGCAUAGACAAUUGAGGCUUCUAGGUCAUGUCGCUGGCGUUCUGGUCAAAUUAGCAUUGUUCGUGGCGGCUAGUAGUAGAGAACUUGUAGACACUAGCCCCAGCGGCAUUAUACCACGGAGGAGACGGCGUUCAUAUUUUGGCUGUACUUCCAUUAUAUUACAGAGGGGUCAUUUGCAUCGAUACGAGGUGUCUUUGUCCUGUAUAAAGGCCAAGGGACAAGAAAAGAGACAUACUACAAUGCAAUAGAAGUGGUCACCAUGGUUUUCAAGAAACAGUUGUUAGAGAUAUGUACUUUGAGUCAUGUUCAUAUAACCUGAAUCGAUUCUCAAGUACCAUUACAACUUUAUCAU